AUGAAUAUCGUGGAAUGGGCAUUCGGGAAACGCCUGACGCCGGCUGAGCGUCUGCGAAAAAACCAACGGGCGCUUGAGAAGGCGCAGAGGGAGCUGGACCGGGAGAGAACCAAACUAGAACAGCAAGAGAAAAAGUUGAUCCAAGAUAUCAAAAAAUCUGCGAAAAAUAACCAGAUGGGAGCUGCUAAGAUCCAGGCGAAAGAUCUUGUCCGAACUCGAGGCUACAUCACACGGUUCUACAGAAUGCGCACCGAACUCCAGGCGAUAUCCCUCCGAAUCCAAACCGUCCGGUCCAACCAACAGAUGAUGGAAUCCAUGAAAGGAGCUACCGGCCUGCUAAGGACAAUGAAUGCUACGACUAACCUACCUGCCCUGCAAAAGAUAAUGAUGGAUUUCCAAAAGGAAAGCGACAUGAUGGAGUUCCGGGAAGAGGUUAUGUCGGAAGCUAUCGACGAUGUUAAUGGACUAGAAGACGAGGAAGAGACAGACGAAGUACUAAACCAAGUUUUAGACGAAAUUGGUGUCGAUAGAGAAAUGGCGCUCGGGACUACACCGCUAGGCCUAGGGGAGCCGGAGGGUCAGAAAGAAGACCGAGUCGCACAGGCCAUCGGAGGCGGCGAUGAUGAUCUCCAAGCCAGGUUCAAUAACUUGGGGAGAUAG